UUUCAUUAAAGAACGAUAAAAAAAGAAAAGAGAAAAAGAGAAAAAAAAUCCCUCCUUCGAGUCAUCAAAUGCCGCAGAUAUGACCCUAAUCAGCACACUGUCUGUCUGUCUGCAGCGAAUUGUGCUGAGCUGAGCCCUGUAUGGCUUCCGCCAAGGUUGAUAAUCGCAACUCCUUGUCGAAACGCUCUCGCAACGAUGCUGCUAAAAAUGACGGAGAUUGGACUUGCCCUCAAUGUGGAAAUGUGAACUUUGGGUUUAGAACUGUUUGUAACCGUGGAAAAUGUGGUGCUGCUCGACCAUCAACCACCACGAGAAUGGGGUCAGCACCUCUCCCUAGCAAUUUCGAGCAUGCUCCUCCCUUUUAUUUCGGAGGCAUCGGAGCUCCUCAACCAUUGCCACUUGGAAUAUCCAGUGGUUACGGACCUCCAAUUCCACUCUCUGGAAUCCGUUAUAACUAUGGGCCACCUGCAAGUGCUGCAGCACCAUAUGGCCUUCUGUCUGCAUAUGGUCCACCCGGACCCUUGGGAGGCAUUGGUUAUGGGCAUGGGCCUGCAAUGGAUGGAUAUGGAUUUGGAUUUCGGGGGUCCCCAUUGCCUGUGCCAGCCCCAUGGUCUGAAGUAGGCUUACCCGAUAAUAAUGCAUCUCGAAAACGCCGUGGAGGGCCAGAUGGUUUGUCUGAAGGAGAUUGGAUCUGUCCCAAAUGUGACAAUGUUAACUUUGCCUUUAGGACCACAUGCAACAUGAAGAAAUGUGGAGCUGCCAGACCCACUCCUGGUCCAAACCGGUCUGCAUCUGGCAACAAGGAUUCAAGUGCUCCAGAAGGUAGCUGGACUUGCACCAAAUGCAGCAAUCUGAACUACCCUUUCCGCACGGUUUGCAAUCGGAAGGGAUGUGGGAAUGAGAAACCGGAUGUGAGCCAGUAGCUGCAUCAUCGACCGAAUGGUAUGAUCCAGUUUUGUUAUUACAAGAGUGUGCUGGUCACACGAGGGUGGCAGUGUUGUGCAACGAUUAAUGAGAUAACUGGAGAAGCAUGACUUGACUCCAUAUAAAGUUCAUCAUGGGUGCUAAUCUAACCGUCCAUAAUUGUUGGUUUUUUGGGCUUCUUUUCCUUCUUUAAUUUCGUUUUGUUGUCAUGGCAGAUGCAAUAGAGGCCAUCUCCAGGCUAUGUAGAUUUUACUAUGCAUUGAAGCAUUCUUCCUUGACACAAAUUAUGAUGGACUUAUUCGAUAUUGUUUACUAA